GGGAGAGCCCAACUCAGAGGAACCCGGCGAAGGGAGACCAUCAUGCGACACAACUUGGGUACUGUACAGGGUAAGGUGGUAAGAGAAUGACGACGUCUCAAGUAGGCAGAGCUGAUCGUGACAAAGGCCGUGAAGCUGUCGAUGACGUCCAUGAUGAGAAGUCCGGAAUGCCGUCGAGAAAGAGCCGCAAUGUCGACGAGCUCAAGUACUCGGGCAACUUCACACAGAAGUUGAUCGGGCUAGAUGUUGUAUCAGAACCGACGGCCUGGAGAAUGCGGCAUGGGCCAAAGAAGCGAUAUCGGAACUUGCAAAGCGUGUCCACUUCGAGCUAAACAGCUGGUAAAGUGCGGGUCACGAUCAAAUAUGAUGCUCAGGGGAAAGCCGUGGUUACGCACGACGUGGUCAAACACGAUGUCGGCGACCUCAUGUGCACUAAUGGCAUAGCGCUUGGCGUAGAAGCCAUGUCUGAGCAAGCAGUCAAGGACGUCACGGAGGUGUUUGAGAUGCUCCUCAAGGGUAUGACUAUAAACCAGGAUAUCGUCGAGAUAGACGAGAACGUACUGCUCCAGAAUGUCCCUGAAGAUGUCGUUCAUAGCCGUCUGGAAGUUUUGGAGCAGCAUGACGGCACAGACUGGCAUCCGGUCGAGUACUUCAGCCAAAAGGUGCCGCCCAUCAAUUCACUUGAUGAUGCGACGAAGAAGGAACUGCUAGCUUUUGUCACUGUACUUGAGCAUUGGCGUCACUUUCUCCUCAGGCGUCGGCGAUUCACGUGGGCAACGGACAAUAAUCCGUUGACGUAUUACAAGACGCAAGACACGGUGAGCAGCACGAUCGGUCGGUGGAUGUACUUCAUUGACCAGUUCGACUUCACCUCCAAGCACAUUCCGGGCUCCUCGAACAAGGUAGCGGAUGCUCUCUCGCGAAGACCUGAUCUUUGCGCCUUGGUGCACUCCACAUUCGGCCUUGACGAGAACCUGCAACAGCAUUUCGUAAACGGCUACAAGUCGGCUCCGGGAUUCUCCACACUCUAUGCGGACUUAUCAUCGGAUCAACCGCCGACAAGCAAUUAUCGCGUUGUCGACGGCUACUUGCUUCUCCAUACACGAGGCAAGGACUUGUUGUGUGUGCCCCAAGACUGCAUCUUGCGCACUCCCCUCCUUGGCGAAUACCACGAUUCGCGGUUGGCGGGACACCUUGGCGUCGCACGCACACUUGCACGACUCCGCCAGCGAUUCCACUGGUCGGACAUCAUCAGCGACGUCAACCGGUACAUUCAGUCAUGUGCAGUUUGCCACCGGAACAAAGGGCGCCAUCAGCUCCCGUACGGCGAACUGAAACUAUUGUCGAUUCCUCGGGAACCAGGUCUUUCCAUUGCAAUGGAUGUGACUGGUCCUUUUCCUCGUUAUCGCCUUGGCCAUGAUGGUAUUCUCACGGUCGUUGACCGUCUGAGCAAGUACGCUCGAUUUCUUCCAUGCAAGUAUCAUGCGAUGGCUCCUGAGCUCGCACGACUUUUGCAUACCGGCUAAUUUUGCAGCCACGGCAUUCCAGAAG